GCUUUGAGAGUAGGCUUAAUUUGUAAGCCAAAUUUAGAUAAAUCAAAAUUUCUCUCUCUCUCUCUCUCUCUCUCUCUCUAUCUCACCGUUUUCGCUUUCUUCUUUACUCCCUUCACGCGUUUUCUUCUUUCUUCUCUCUCCUUUCCUUUUCUUUCUUCUCUCUCUUUUCUUGUUCUUCUUUCUCUCCACCAUUUUUUGUCUUUCUCUUUCUUUCCUUUUGUCUUUCUCUAUUCGUUUCUCUUUUGUUUUAUUAAAUCUCUAUUUCUCUCUUCUUCUUUUUUCAUGUGUUUCUCUGUCUACACAUAUGGUUUUAUGUGGUGAAGAUGUUAUGAGCUGAUGUUGAAUAGGCGGUUUGAUCAUCUUGAGCUUGUGGGUGUUUUGGUGGAGGACCCGACUGUAGUCUGAAUCACAUAGGUGUCAAAAAAAAAAAAAUUUAGCCCACCCUGUAAAAAAAUCGUGGGUCUGCCGUUGUAACCAAGGUGAAAUAUGUCUACAGGCUUCCUAAUCCUAAAGCCUAAAAUUGGUGAUAACAAGAAAGCAUCUGAGGAUGCUAAAGUGAACAUCGAGCAGGAAAACAACAGCAGCUCGAACCCAGCAACGGGUUCCAAAAGCUGUGCUACUUCUAGGAACAAUAUUUGUCAGAAUGAAAUUACGGCAACCAAUGGCGCCACAGAUGUUGGGGUCUCCAACUUUCACAACUACGCCGUCGAAGGUCAAGGGGGCAGCGAAGGAACGAAGGGCUUCCCUGAACGCGGCGGUGGUUACAACAUUUUUGGCAAUAAAAUUAGUGCAGAUGGAGCCAGGGAAGUUGGGAUUCGCAACUUCGGCAACACCACACACGGCAUGCCUUUUACUACUGAGGAGGAUCAUGGAGAAGAAGCAGAAGGCGGCUCCAGUCCACCAAAGCCACAAGGGGGGCCCACCAGCUAACUCAUCAUCGAUCACAUGGUUUGGUUCAGUGAAGUGGGGCCCAAUCUCCAAGGAGCAAGAAGAUGAGGUUGAGUGGGUGAGGGCGCAGUUAUCAGAGACUGAGCGUGAGUGCGGGAACUUAGUCACGCAGAAGAAUUUGUUUGAGUCCGGACUGCUGCAAGGAAUGGCUGGGAUCAUAAGGGGGAGCACGAAAGUGGCCGUAGAUAUUGAUGAGGCCGAGAUGCAGAAGCGGCUGAGGGAGUCUCGGGCCAAGAAAGCUGAGAAGAGUGCUGGAAAACGACCCAGAGAUGAUGAUGAGGGUCGGGUUGCGGACGUGCUGGGCAAGAGGAAAGCCUUAGAGGAGGCGCAUCAGCAUGUGAUGGGGUCGGGGCCGAGACUUCCGCCCUUUGAUCUGCAGGCACCGCCGAAGCUACCCUUCGGCAUGGAGGAUGUGUUUGCUGAAGGGGUAGAGAAGGUUGACUUCGGCAGGCUUCGCCAGCAGAAGAAGGAGGUCAACCUGGCUAUGCACCGGCAGGAGGUGCCCUUGGUGAACGUCUUCUUGGAAGGCGUGAAGAGCGACCCUGAGGCUUUGGCAAAGACUCCAGCUUCUUCCUUCAUAGACCGGGCCCAAAAGACGAUCCUCACCUCUGCCUAUGCCUUUGGCGAGAUGUACGUCAGCAUGGCCAAGGCUGACAAGGAGAUCCAGAGGCUGAAGAGGCGGGAUGAGCUGGCCAAGAGCAAAAUGGCGGAGGCGCAGGAGGCCAUCCGAGAGAAGAACGCCUUGCUGGUGCAAAAGGCGGCCCUGGCCAAGGAGGUGGAGGAGCUGAAGAGGUCGAAGGCCGAGGAGGUGGCUGCUGCCCGAGUCGAGGCGAUCGAGUCCUUCCGAUCCUCAGAGGAGCUGAAGAGCUAUAUCAUGGACCGACUGGUUGAUGAGCAGCUUCGCUGGGAAGAUAGGUUGGUUAGGUUCAACCCCUCGGUGGAGAUUAACUUUGACACCAGUGGCGAGCCUCCUGCACAGACCCCUCCUGCUGAUGCUAGCGCCCCAACACCUGAGGCAGAGCCGGCUACUGAGGAUGCCCCUUCGACCGAGUCUUGAAGGCGUUGCCUUCG